CUAGUUACCCGAAGAUGAUUGUCAUACACUCGUUGUCUGUGCACAUACGUGUAACUACCCCAGUUGGAGUAAUAUUUACUCCGUACAUAGUCUACACUUCGCCUGCACGAAGGCUUGCCAAGUAAACAGGGAUUCAGUCUCACCCCGCCUCAGCCUCUCAAUACCUCAACAUGACAUCCUCUUACACUCCGAGAAGUUUCCAGUGUAAUCAUACAAGGAACAAUUCUAACAGACCCAACAGGUCGUUCAGCGAGUCCCUCGGGGCACCCUUAUCUAUAAUUUCGUCGCUCGUGAUAAGGUUCGGAUGCAGGGCUCCUCCGUCCGGGUCCUAGCCUCGGUCACAUACAAUCUUGCUUAUGGCUUCAGAAGGCUCUGAACUAAUCCUACAGGCAUGGUUUCCCUCUAGCCGAGACAAGACAAUUGAGAGGAAACCGCUCACGGAGUCAGACAUAAGGGACAUUACGGACGCUCUUCAUCGAACCUCGAAACCCGGCUGGGAUAAGGUCCCAAGAAUAUUUAGCGUUCUCAAGAUCAUUGACAAGGUCGAGGACAUUGACAGCUUUUUGGGAGAAGACAUUUCGGAUGUUUGGUUCCCAUUCUCGCAAAAGACUUUACCGGUUUCGUUCAAGGACCCUUCCGCCAGAUUGGAUUUUCUGGCUGCGCAACAGUUCGUCUACAACACGAAGGCCUUUGAUCUGGAACGAGAGCAAACCAGACAUGGUCAUUUUCCUGAUACCCGCGAUGUCCCGCUCAAAAAGAUAGGAGAACUUGGCAAAGGCGCAUAUGGUUAUGUUGAUCGAGUUGUCAGCACCAUCAGCCACAGAGAGUAUGCCCGAAAGCUAAUUCGCCGAGGCAUAACAUUCAAGAGGGAUAGGGAAAUUCUUCGAGCAUUUGAGCGAGAAUUAUCAAGUUUGAAGCGCUUAUCUCAACAACACAAGCAUAUUAUAGAGCUUAUCGGAAGCUAUACGGACCCACGAUACGUAGGUAUCCUCAUGCUGCCAGUCGCUGAUUCCAAUCUCUUCCAAUUCCUGAAUCUACCUCUUGGAGCUGCAGAGCUGUCUCUACUUCGGAAUUUUUUCGGUUGCCUGACUUCGGCUCUGUGCUUUCUUCAUGAUCAUCGAAUCCGUCACAAAGACAUUAAGCCUCAGAAUGUACUGGUCAAAGAUGGGCACGUCUUCCUUACCGACUUUGGUAUCUCCUUGGACUGGUCAGAGCUCAGCCACAGCACCACUACAGGACCUACGGGCUCAACACCUCGCUAUGGCUCUCCCGAGGUUUCCCAACAUAUCGCUCGUAGUUCUUCUUCAGAUGUGUGGUCCUUAGGCUGCGUAUUCUUAGAAAUAUGGACAGUACUGAGGAAGCAGACCACUCAAAGUCUCUAUGAUCAUAUGCAAAGUACAGGCACACAAUCCAGUUGUUAUGCUUCAAAUCUUGAUGGCGUACUCCUCUGGAUCAAAAAAACCGAAAACCUCCCUGGUCUUCUGACAGACAAUGCACCAACGACAUGGAUUUUACACAUGCUGAAAGAAGACCGUGAAGAGCGCUGGACUGCACAUACGUUAUGGCAGAAUGUUCAUGAGCAGUGUAGCGACCCCACGACACCAUUUGCGUUCUGCGGGCUAUGCUGCUUGAACAAUGACGAUUCUGCUGAAAGCGUAUUGUCCUCAAUAAAUGACAUGGGCUACACAACACCAGAGGUGCCCAAACUAUCUACAGAGGCGUGUCAACUAUUGGAUAAUUCGCCUGCAGGCAAUGAAUCUAUGGAAGCUCCCGGACGGGCUACUACUUUCACUACACCUGAAAUAUUCGUGCAAGCUCCGGAUGACCUGGCACCAAUAUGCCGGGACCCAUUGCAAAGAUCAAAUGUCACCGAUUCGAAGACGAAAGCAAUACCAGCAGAUGGGUUCUACAGUGAUCCGUACACACAGGAUCUGCUGUCUUUAUCUCGGCCCCCGAACGCUGAGCCAUCAAAAGUUGGAGCCGUUGGGAACACUUCAAACGUAGCGGAGGGACCAGUAGCUACGAAGACGUCUAUCCCAAGUCAGAGUGACACUUCUGACGAAUACACAUCGAGCGAUGAAACCGCUAUAUCCGAAAAGAUAGUCGAAGCUAGAAGCCACAAUCUCAAUGCCCGGAAUCUAAGUCAACUCAAUGCUAUUAAUUUGGCCACGAUAACGAGAUCAAGGACAUCAGCCGAUGGUACGUGUGUGCCCCCGGAAUGGAUUCUUAAUUGGAUAAUCUCAGGUCACACCAAAUUGAUUUCGACGGCCAACUCAGGAGGAACCUCUGAUGAAAGGCUUACAGAAACUUCGUUUAAGUCAACCAAUACGGACAAGAUAACACAUAGCGGGCAACAUGUCUUCAGGACGAACCAGGCUACAUCGACAUCUUCAUUUGGAAGUACAGAGGUAGGAAGUACAGAGGCCGUCACAGAUUUCCCUAGACCUUGGCGGCCGUCAAGCGGUAACAGCAAGGCGCCUCCGUUCGAUUAUGGGAAAUCUGGUUAUGGGAAAAAGAUUGACUCCCAGUUGAAAUGGGUUGAGAACUAUAUUCAGACACAACGUCACGACGAGCUUUACUGCCCGAACACACAAUGUGGAUUUCCAAUUGCACCUAUAAGUUAUCGACGAACAAGAUCAUCUGGAAAUAUAUACGGUGUUUGCGAUAAUUGUUCUACUAAAGCAUGCACAUUCUGCAAAAGGGAAUAUCUUCCUGGUCACAAUUGUAACGUAGAGGAGUUCAAGAUCACUACGCAGGAUAGAGCUGAACAUGGAAUCGCCAACGUGCCUACAAAUUUUGGAUCCCGUUUCCAAGAUUCAAUUAUUGGCGAAGAACGACCUAGAAUUCGUCAACCAAAACGGCGCACAACUACCAAGGACUUUCCCAAUCAUUUUCAAACACCGCUUCCUGAUUCCAGAUACGGGCAACCCUCUACUUGCGAAAAUUGGAUGGAACCCUGUGGCCAAUGUACGGCGUGUAAAUACCACUCUUAUCCGGUUUUAUUUCGUAACUACUUUUAGCUUGCCUACCGAAGGUAUCUUUAACGUAUGGUCCUUCUUCCAAGAAGGAACAACGUACGGGGUAAAUAAUCAUUCAAGAACAUACGCAGUCUUGUCCACGA